CAGUUGUACACAUGUCACAUUUUAUGCCGACUGUCGUCGCUUGUGCUUGUGUUUAUUUUUAAUUGUAUUAUUAUCUUACACGACUCUUUUAGAGGGGAUAGUGGUUUUCAUAAAACUCUAUGUUGCAGUGCGAUGAGUCUUAAAAAGCCUGGUUCUCAAAAUAUUUGACGUAAGCCUAGUAUGGACCGAGGCAAAAUGCCGUCGGCAGGCCGCGGGGCCAAGAGCAAGGCUCCGCAGCAUCCACAAGACAUCUUCGCGUUAGGUUCUAAGUCUACUGUGGUGGUCUCCAGAGAUUCAGAAAAAAGGAAUAUACAUAAACCAUCGACUAGCGGUGUUGAACGUAAAAGAGAAGCAACAACAUUUGGCAGUCAACCGCCCAACAAGAGGUCGAGGAUCGGCUCACCGGCUGAGGCUGUGGGCGGCACAUCUCUGGAGGUGGACCCUGUGGACCUGGUGCCUAAUGUGCUGCAGGCUCUCGACACACACAACUCUGACAAAUUGCUGGGCUUACUAACAGGCUCAAUACGUCUCCUAAAGUCUCAACGAUCAAAACCAGACCCAAUACUAUGCAUGAGCCUUCUCUAUCUCGUCAAGAUCAGGCCCAACAUGUUCGCCCACGAUACAGUCACGCAGAGCCUCUGUACGCUACUGAAGAGAGAGCAGGGCGCCGCAUUCAAGAACAAAGGGAAUCCGUUGGUGUUUGUACUAGCUUGUAACAUGUUGUACGCUGGACAUAGAGAUAGUACAAACUGGCCGGAUGUUUUUAUAAAGGUAUACAUAGAGGAUGCGUUAAAUGAGCGCUGGUGGGUAGACUGUGCGUGGUGCAAGUGCCUGGUCGAGAACAUUGUGACAGCAUUUGGAACUAAACAUCCCCCACCAAGCCUUAAACCCACUGAGAGCACCUUAGGUACAAUGUCGCCCUCAGGGUCUGGGUCCCCCUUGAUGGGGAGCACUGAAGAGGACCCCGACAACAGCGAACUCGAGUACAGCGUGUUCCCCAGAUAUUCUAGUAGCUACGAAGCAGUGGAAGCAUUAGUGCUGGAAGCCAUCAAAGACCAGUUGCAGAGGCGGUCUGCUGCACCCGAUGCUAUCGGAAAAGGAUUUCUCAAGCUGCUCUCCGCUACUUGUGGAUUCCCAGAGAUCCGCAUGAUAGCGGCAUCGCGCCUGGAGGCGUGGCUGCACUCCGGCAAGCUGUGGAAGUGCGCGCAGGAGCUGCUGGCGUACGUGUGCUGCAACUGCGACGCGUGCGGGCCCACCGCCGCGCGCGACCACGAGGUGCUGGCGCAGCUCGCGCGCAUGCGCCUCAAGACCAAGCAGCUGCAGCUCGCCUACCAGGCCUGUCUCAGAGAGAUGGUGUCGGAUAACUCGGCUCUACUGCGAAGCGUGGUGACGCACACGAUCUACAACGAGCUGUCGAACGUGCGCUCGCCCAACAACAUGGCGGUACUGGCGGCGUUGGUGCACGCGCAGCCGCAGCUCGUGCCCGCCGCCAUGGCAGAAACGUACCUGGAGUUGUGCGUCCGUGCCGAAGACUACCUACGUGGACUGCGCGCGUUGACCCGCGAGUGGGCGCGCGCGGCGCGUGCGGACGCUCUGGCUGCGCCCGCGCUGGCCGCGUUGGCUCGCGCACUGGCAGCACCACCGCCACUAGAACCGGCUGCAGAACUCCGCGAGCGGGCCUUCGCCUCCCUAGCAGACCUCUUCUGUCUCUGCUGCUUGCUCAUAGCAGGGCUGGCGAAGCACCACGCUGACUAUAAACCGCACCUGGUAUCAGCUCAGGGUGCUGCGCUCGGAUGGCUAUUAGAAGCCGCUGUGUCGCUGUAUCGACCCUCGCGGCAUGAUUACUUACAUGCGCUGAACAAGGUCAUGUUCCUUGAGCCGCCUGAUUCGUACGCCAAGCUGGACAACUGGCCGCCGGAGUCGGAGCGCGCUAUCACUUAUCGGCUUUGUUGUGAGGCGCCGCUGAGGGAGAAUACGCUGCUAAGACUCAUAUUCAUCGGAUUGGCUAAGGAGAUCCCGGUGAACCCGGCGGAAGUGUUCGAGCUGGUGGAGCAGGUGGUGCGCCGCGCAUGCGCCCUGCCGCCCGACGACAACCCACUCCAGGUGGAGAAGCUCGACAUCGCAGACUACAUCUUCCAGCUGUGCCAGUUUAACCCGCCGGAUAACAUCACGCUGCCACAGGGCUACACGCCGCCCGCGCUGGCCAUCACGUCGCUGUACUGGCGCGGCUGGGUGCUGCUGGUGCUGGCGGCGGCGCACAACCCGCAGCACUUCGCGCCGCGCGCCGCCGACACCUACCCCACGCUGCGCGCUCUCAUCGAGAUGUGCAUCACCAAUAAACCGAGUAUAGAGUGGGGCGCGGCGGGGGCGGGCGGGGGCGCGGCGGAGGCGGAGCGGAGCGAGGCGGAGCGCGCCGCCAUCCUGCAGCUGGAGACGCACCUGGCCGCCGCCAGCAACGCCAAGCUGCCCGUCACCGAACACACCUCCAGGUUGCUCAGCCAGCUAACAACCCUGGAGCCACUGGGAUCAGCUCGUAAGCCGCCGCAGUCGAUAAUAGAGCAGCUGCAGUCGAUGAACUCGCAGAUGAGACUCGGCAAGCUGUUGUGCCGGCAGCCGGCGCUGCUGCUGGAGCUGGUGGAGCGGCACGGCACGCGCCGCGCCAUGCCCUGGCUGCAUCAGUUACUACGCCAUGAUCAGUUGGAGUUAAGCGUGCUGCCGGUGCAGUGCCUGUGCGAGUUUCUGUGCGCAGGCGCGGGGGCGGGCGGCGGCGAGGCGGGCAAGGCGGGCGAGCUGUGUGCUCACCUGCGCCGCACCGUGGCCGACGCGCCAGAGGGCGCCCGCGCCGUGCUGCACUACUACUUGGCACGGCUUGCGCACGCGCAUGCGCCAACUAGGGCCUCUGCCGGCAGGGGUCUGAAAUUAGUCCUAACGCAGUCUUCAGAGGAGAACAUAGAAAUGGAUUACAACACCGAAGUUAGUCCUGAGGAGUGGCUGGACCUGCUGUGGGAGCUGCGGCACUGGGAGGCGGUGCGCGAGGAGGUGGUGGGGCGCGUGCGCGCGGCGUGCCUGGUGGAGUGCGUGCCGCGCCACGUGGCCGCCUACGUCGCCUUCCUCGCCAAGUACGUCGCGCGCACGCCCGCCAAGCUGCACACCGACAUCGUGCUGGACCUGAGCCAGGUGGUGAUGGAGCGCACGACGGUGAUGAACAGCGUGCUGGGUGCGGGCGCGGUGGGGGGCGCGGUGGGGGGCGCGGUGGCGGCGGCGGAGGACGGCAGCGCGGCCGCCGAGCGCCUGCAGCUCGCGCAGCAGCACACGCUGCACGCGCUCACGCAGAUCUUCUACACGCAUCUGCAGAAGGUGCGUUCUGGCGCGGCGGAGGAAGAGAGCACGUGGUCGUGUGGCGAACGCGUGGCGUUAUUGUGGCCCAGCGGCCGCCGCGCGCUGCUGCCGCUAGUCCUGGCGCACGCGCAUCUCAAACUGCUCUGCUACGGACCAUCCAUCUACGACACCGACCAAGAGAUGUAUUCCUGGCUGGAGUCAGUGUGGGUGGGAGCAGACGCACCCACAGCGCAGCUGGCGGGCGCGACCGCCGUGGAGGGCGAGGAGGCGGUGCUGCUGCCCGACUGGCUGCGGCUGCACCUCGUGAGAUCAGCGAGGCCGGCGCUGCUGGAGGCUGGACUGAGGGCAUUACCGGCGCAUAAACUGGCGCUCUUCAUACAGACGUUCGGGAUGCCUGUGGCUUCUAUGAGUGCGUUGCUGCGCGCCCUGGACGCGAGCCCGGCGGGCGCGGUGGCGCGGCUGGGCGUGGAGCGCGCGUACAUGGCGCAGCUGCUGCGCGUGCAGCGCGCGCGCGGCGCCACCGGCGGCAACGCCUUCGCCGCCGCGCUGCGUCUGCACCCGCACGCACUGCCGCCCGACGACCCCCUGUUCGCGGAGACACCUCUCCCGCUGGAGACGGAGGAGGCGUGGGACGCGGAGCCCGCACCGCUGCCGGUGUCCGCGGUGCCGUCGCUGCUCGCCACCGCCUUCAGUGGCGCCACCACCUUCAAAGGAGACAUUGAUACCGCCUUCACUCAGCUCAUCACGCAAGUGACGUCGGAGGUGUCUAUGUGCGCGCGCGGCGGUGGGCCGGGUGCGUACGUGUCGGCGGUGGUGUCGCAGCUGGCGGCGGGCGCGGCGGGGGCGGCGCCGGGCCGCGCGUCGCUCGCCGCGCCGCUGCUGCGGGCGCUGCUGCCGCUCAAGUCCCCCGCUGUCGGAGAGAUGGCGUCGAAGCUGUUGUCGCAGUGGAAGUGCGUGUCGGGUCCCGUGGCGGCGGCGCUGCGUGCGCUGGCGCAGGGAGACCGCGCGCUCGCCAAGAGCGACUCCGACGCAGCCGCCUCCGCCGCCGCACUCCUGCCGCACAACGCCUCCAGGGAACAACUUAUUGCAGCACUGGAAGCCUCAACUCCCAGCACUUUGGAAGCGAUAGGAAACAAAAUCAUAGAGACUCAAGACCCGCGGCUUAUCGUCGACGUCAUAUCGCAUUUACUGGAGAAGAACCAGGAAGGACACUAUGAGGUCAAGGUGAAGUUGGAGGAAGGCACGGAGGCGCCGGUGCACGUGUUCUCCCAACGCGGACUGGGCUGCGGCCUGCUGCUGGACUGGCUCUCGGAGCUGCAGCGGGAGACGCUCGGCCCGCAGCCGCAGAGACAGAUGCGCCUCAUGUUCCGGUCGGGCUGCGCUCGCUGGCGGCCGUUGGUGGUGACGCUACUCGCCCACAGAGCCUCCUGGAGGACCCUGCACACCUGCCUCUCUGCACUGUUGCAUCCUGACGGUGAGUGGGCGGCGACAUCAGUGCUGAACUUCGCCGAGACGAUGAUCGGCAGCCCGCGCGUGUGGCAGGGCCGCGACAAGGCCACGCCCAAACACUACGUGCACGAGGAUACGCUGCGGCUAGAUCACCAGCAGCUGAACGUGCUCGUCCGCUACGUGGUCCAGGAGAGCGAAGAAGCCGAGAAGGCGGGCGGCAUAGAGGCCAUGAGACGCAGGAUCGAGGCGCGGCUGCCGCUCAUCCUGCGCUGCUGCAGCACCUCGCACGCGCUGCUCGCCUGCGCACUCGCAGCGUCUAAGGGACAUCCUAUGCUGCUCCUAUUGCUCUACAUGAAAGUGCCGCGCGUGCUGCAGCUGCUGCGCGAGUGCUCGGAGCGCGCGCCGCGGCAGGCGCCGCUGGUGGCGCCGGCGGCACUGCGCGACGCGGCCGCGCUGUCCACCAGCGCCGCCGACAAGGCCUCGCACACGCUGCUCACCGCGCUCGCCGCGCACCACCCGCACCACCCGCACGGCAAGGACCACUCGCAGAAGUUGUGGCGCAUGGAGGCGGAGGCGCGCGGUGUGAGCGGUCGCGGCGUGUGCGCAGGACGGCGCGCCCUCCCGCUGCUGCACGCGCUGGUCCGCGGCGCAAGAGCGCAUUCGCAGCACGCGCUGCACCACCUGCUGGCGCUGCUCGAGGUGUUGCAUGAUGACGACCUCUUCCGACCGCCGCUUAGCGAGGAGGUGCAUGGCAUCCUGGACUGCUUCCUGGAAAUGGUGCGGUCGGGCGGCAGCAGCGGGUCGGGGGUGACGCAGCGUGUGGCGGCGCUGGUGAGGCGAUACGCAGCCGCCAGACCGCAGCGAGCCGCAGCUUUGUUGCUCGCGCACAGAGAAACGCUGCAGGCGGUCCCAGCGCUGAGCUCAUUGUCGUCGGAGACUGCGCCCUCGGCCUCGGCAACCCCGCCCCCACAUGCACUGCACGCCCUACAGCGACGCGUCGACACGCCUGACAACCUGCAAUGGUACAUACAGGAGUUGGACACGUGGGGCUCUCGUCGUGGCGGUGCGUGGGGUGGCGCAGCGCAGGCGGCGGCUAUAGUGCGUGCGGUUGCACCACUGGCUGCGCACACGCAUGCACCGCUGCGUACCGCUGCGCUCGGGCUGCUCGUCAAGCUACUACCCGCCGUGCAUGACGUCACCCCAGGUUACCGCGCUGUGCUGGAAUGCCUUGAAUCCUCUCGGGCGGAGGUGGCGCAAGCGGCUCUGGAUAAGCUGCCUGAGCUGGUGUUAGGCAUGCAGGAGGCGGCAGCGCGGCUGCUCAUGCGCACUUUCGAGCUGGGCGUGCGGUCGCGCUUGCCAGUCGAGCCGGCACUGGCGCGCACCGUCGCCGCCAUCAACUUGCACCGCGGGUGCUAAAUACGCCAAUGGCUUUAUGUAACAUAAAUCUUUUUUUUUUUAUCGAAUGUAACGCGAUAAAUUCCUUUACGUUACGGAGAGUAGAGGGUUUAAAUGUAUUUUUAGUCCCAAUUUUUUUUUUAAUAAACUAGUUCAAAAUGAAUCGUAAGAUCGGGACUUCCUCUAAUUCCUAUGUUAAGGCGGCGAAAAAUGUAAGCCGUAAACAUCCUUACAGUUAUUAAAUUACUUAUAUCAAUUAUUCAAUCUGGCAUUAGAUGAAACCUUGAAUCAAGGUUUACCAAAACACAUUGUACUGUUGUGUCAAUGCUCAUUUUGAAGUAAUGAAUGAACCUCUACCAUAUUAUAGGAGUCAAACACUCGAAUCGUAAGGAGAAGCAUUAAAUGCAAAUAAACAACAAAUAAAAUAUAAAA